AAACUCGGAUAUAUAAAAUUGCCGGUUGCCGGUUUUUCUGUCAAUUCAGAUUAAGUCAGUGAAUUUAGAACUGAAAAUUUAUAUUCGCAUCGCGAAAAAUAAGUAAUUUACAAAGUAGUCGUCAAGUGAAAAAUGUCUCUGAUACCGCUACCAUAUUUUUUUGGCGAUGGACCCUACAGCAGACCAUCAAGGCUAUUUGAUCAACAUUUUGGUCAAGUUUUGGAACCGGAAGAUUUGCUACAACCUAUCUCAAGACAGUUCCUCAGAUGUCCUGCCGGCUAUCUCAGAAACUGGCAGUCUGCAUCGUCUGGAAAUGAUUCCGGCUCUACAAUAGAUUUAGGAAAAGACCAGUUCUCGGCCAACUUGGAUGUUCAGCAGUUUAAACCCGAUGAAAUAUCUGUGAAAGUUACCGGAGACCGGGAGGUGACCAUUGAAGGAAAACAUGAAGAAAAGGAGGACGAGCAUGGGCAUGUCUACAGACACUUCAAGAGGAGAUAUGUUUUGCCUAAAGGUUAUGAUAUGGACAAGAUAGUGUCGAAGCUGUCUACAGAUGGUGUCCUUUCCAUCCAUGCUCCUAAGAUAGCUGCUGGAGAAAUCGAACACAAGAAAAUUGCCAUUGAACACACAGGCAAACCUGCUAAAGCCCUAGAGGGAGCAAAAGGAGCUGGUGAGAAGUAAAAUUAAAAUCUUCGACAUAACUAUAUGUAUUCAAAUAUUCAGGGACUAUAUGUUAUUUCAUUGCUUUGUAGUUCAUAAUAGUUUUGCAUAGAUUCUAUAGACACUAUUUAGUGUAAAUUCAUCUUGGUAUUAACAGAUCUUUUAGUUUGUAUUAUUUUGAGACUGAGUUCAUCUAAUGUUAAAACUUUUCUGUAUUUUAAUAUAAAGUAAUAGCAAUCGA